CAUCUUUCUACCUAACCUUAGUAUCUUUCUAUCUCCCUCUCCCUUGCUGCGCAUUCCAGGUCGUCGCCUGUCAAUCCUGCCUCUAAAUAUUCUCACUUGUCAACUUCUUGGCCCUCCGCAUAUCCACCUGCUUUCUAACUUCUGACCCAUCUCAUCAGCUAACCUAAUCUUCGCCCACGUCUUGUCUCACUUACGCCCCAAACUUCCUCCUGUCAUCCCCCAUCCGCUCUAUCAUGUUGUCCUCCUGUCAAUGACCGCAGUCUCUCAUUCUUCAAUCCCUCAGCUUGACUCCCUUCCCUAAUCACUACCUUGGCGUGGUCCGUUUCUUCCUUUGCCCCGCUGCUAACCUCCUGGCUUGCAUCGUUACCCGCGGUACACGGCGGUAUCUACUGGCAUCUGGCUAUCUGCCACGCUUUCACUAGUCUAUCGAACGCGCUCCCUGUUCCCUCCCAGUUGUCUCUUCGACACUGCGGACACCUUUGCUGGCCCAUCUUUUCUCUUCCGCCAUGACUCAGUUGUUUUCCUCCAGUCCGUCCCCCAUGACGACUGAAAAGCGCCCUAAUUUCCCUGGUCUGAACUGGAAACACUCGAGCGAAUCGGGCCAUUUCCCUACAAAGAUCAAGAACUUCUUCCGCAUCAACAGUUCUGGCAGCAAUCAUAGCCCCCACAACAGCAAUUCCAACAAUAAUCAUAAUGUCGGCAACGAUCGCGACCGGGACCACAAGGAGGGAGGCCAUCAUUCUAGCCCUGCCAAACAAGAGUCAAAAUCGACGUUCAGACAGGGCCGAUUUCUUCCUGCAAUUGGUCGGAACCGUUCGACGACCGUCGCCAGCGAGGGGCAUCCGCUUGAUGAGGGCGUUUCUCCCACUGCUACCGCAAACCCGUACUUCGCCCACCAAGGCCAACCCUCCCUGCAGCAUCGCAACGAUGGCUCAAUUCCCUCCUCUCCUCCGGACACGCCUGAACUGCAAGUUGAGGGAGUUUCUGCUGCUGAACAGGCUAGUACAGCUAACAAGCAGGAAUUGGCGAGGAAGCUGCGUCGGGUCGCAUCCGCUCCGAACUCUCAGGCCCUAUUUAAGAAUGGACAUCCGGUUCAGCCUGUAAAUGUGUCCGAAGUGGGCAAAGAAUCGAUUGAUUCCGAGGUGAUACAAGUCGAUCAUUCAGGAACAGAAGACAACCUUGCUGUGCCCACACCCAGCCCAAAUGUCAAGAUCUCUGGUUCCUCUGGUUCGGGGCAGAGCAAGAGCAGUGGUGGCUUCCGCAGGACGUAUAGUUCUACUUCGAUCAAAGUUAGCAAUGUGGAGGUGGGCCCCGGCAGUUUCGAUAAGAUUAAGUUAAUUGGUAAGGGUGAUGUGGGAAAGGUAUAUUUGGUGCGGGAAAAGAAAUCUGGUCGCUUAUAUGCUAUGAAGGUUCUGAAUAAGCGAGAGAUGAUCAAGCGUAACAAAAUAAAGCGGGCACUGGCUGAACAGGAGAUUCUGGCUACCAGUAACCAUCCUUUCAUUGUUACAUUGUACCAUUCAUUUCAGUCAGAGGAACACUUGUAUCUCUGCAUGGAAUACUGCAGUGGUGGUGAAUUCUUCCGAGCCCUUCAAACGCGUCCAGGGAAAUGCAUAUCCGAAGAUGCCUCCAGGUUUUAUGCGGCUGAAGUCACAGCCGCGCUGGAAUAUCUCCACCUCAUGGGCUUCAUCUACCGUGAUUUGAAACCGGAGAAUAUCCUCCUCCACCAGUCCGGUCACAUUAUGCUUUCAGACUUCGAUUUAUCGAAGCAAUCGGGGCCGGGUGGUGCUCCGACUAUGAUUCCAGCGCGCAGCGGGAACUCAGCGACGUCUUACCCAACAAUCGACACUAAGUCCUGUAUCGCUGAUUUCCGGACCAAUUCUUUUGUGGGAACAGAAGAGUACAUCGCACCGGAAGUCAUCAAGGGUUGUGGACACACCAGUGCCGUUGACUGGUGGACUCUUGGUAUUUUGAUUUUCGAGAUGCUGUACGGGACAACGCCUUUCAAGGGGAAGAAUAGGAAUGCUACGUUUGCCAACAUUCUAAGGGAAGAUGUGCAAUUCCCGGAGCACAGCGGUGCGCAGCAGGUUUCCAAUGUCUGCAAGUCUCUAAUUCGCAAACUCCUGAUCAAGGAUGAGACGAAACGCCUCGGUGCUCGAGCUGGCGCCUCGGAUGUGAAGACGCAUCCAUUCUUCCGGCCAACGCAGUGGGCCCUCAUUCGCCAUAUGAAACCGCCGAUGAUACCACAUCAGGGUCGGGGUAUUGACACGAGCAAUUUCCGCAAUGUAAAGGAGAGCGCUAGCGUCGAUAUUGGAGGUGUCAACCCAUCCAAAUUGAAAGGGGUCCCUAUGGAUUCGGGUCUCGCUACCCCUACUGGAGAGGCCGCCGAUCCUUUUGAGGAAUUCAACAGUGUUACGCUUCACCAUGACGGAGACUGAACGGCACGCCUUGUUCAUCAGGAUGAUGAUAAUGGUUGAUGGAAUGAAGUAGCAAUGGCUGCCGCCUAGAUCAUCACCACUGUGCCACGUCUUAUUCCCAUCCUGUCAUUGACGACUCAUGCAUGACGAAAAGAUGCUUCUCAUUUUCUAAAGUCUUGCAACAUUCGACUACUAUUAUCACUAACGGUGUAUGGAGUGUGAAACGGUUUUAUGAAAUUCUGCGCUGCUUUUGUCUGAAUAAACUGGCGGGCAGGUAGAUGCGCCGUCGUUCCUUUUGAGCAUGUCUGUCGCUAUUCUUUUACUCUCCUUCCUUUCGCUGGUGUCUCGGGAUUUUUGUCUUUUGGUGGGGCAUAAUCUUAUUUUUACUACUAUUUGCUAGAGUGUUGUCGCAGGAGACGGCGUUCUAUUUUGAAUUCUUUUUUUUUUUUUUUUUUUUCAAUUGGGCAAAAGCGAUACUGUUUUCGUGGAACAGCUCACUUUGUUCUUUACCCUGUCUAUGUCUAGACUGACAUGGAUGCUUUCUCGUUCCCUUGCACUUUGAUGUUCGUGUUCCUUUCGGACUGCCACCUAAUGAAGUCAACGGAUGGUUUUAAUCAUCCGUGAAGAGCUAUGCCUGUCAUUACAAUGAUCUCCAUAACGUCUACUGUCCUCAGUCGAAGAAUUGAGGUCAUUUUCAGGGUCAAACCCCCGCCGAACAUAAAUUUCCAAGAUAGCAACACUUCGGUCUGAGCAUACUGUCGAUGCCGACAAGACACCGACAUACAGCCUACCCUUUGUGCCGAAUGACUGUUGCGACGGGGAAGCCGAAUGAAUAUCAUGCGGCUCCGACGGGAUCAAAUAGUCUUUGGCAGUGCAUUCUUAGGUUGCUACCUAACAUAUAUAGGUAUAGAUAGAUAAACAUCCAGGCCCCAAUUAGGCCCUUCCUUUACCGUG